UUCGGCGCGGAGAGGAGCGGAGGAAGAAAUGGCACAAGAUGGCGGAUGGCGUUGACCUGAAGCACAUGGUGACCAGCUUUCGAGUGACCGAGUUACAAGUGCUUCUGGGCUUCGCUGGUCGAAACAAGAGUGGGCGGAAACACGAGCUUCUGAGCAAAGUCUUUCAGAUGCUGAAGUUUGGCUGCAGUCCAGCGGCACAGAUGAAGAUCAAAGAGUUGUACAGGCGCCGUUUCCCACGCAAGCCCGUGGCCCCGAUGGAUCUCUCGGUGCUGUCCGUGCAGCCGAAUGAGAGACCCUCCUCCAGCACGGUGGGGCUGCCUCUGUCCUCGAGCUCCGUGUCUCAGCGUCACUAUCAUGUCUCGUCUGGCUCAGUCCCCCAGGCCUCCGGCUCGCUGCUCUCCCCCCGGGGCCUGCUGGUGCUGAAGAGGGAGGUGGACCUGUCUCAGCUCUCGCCCCCCCCCGCACACCCGGUCCAUCCCGACGUCACCGUGAAGAGGCUGCCCUUCUACGACUUGUACGAUGAGCUGAUCAGGCCGACGACACUAGCCUCCAGCAGUAGCCAGAGGUUCGAGGAGGCAAAUGUCACGUUUGCACUGACUCCACAGCAGGUUCAGCAGAUCUGCUCCUCCAGAGACUUGUUACUGGGAGCGAAAGGUGACUACACAGUGCAGGUUCAGCUCAGGUUCUGUUUGUGUGAGACCAGCUGUCCCCAGGAAGAUUACUUUCCCCCCAACCUGUACGUGAAAGUGAACGGGAAGUUGUGUCCUUUACCUGGCUACCUGCCUCCCACCAAGAACGGGGUGGAGCCGAAAAGGCCGAGCCGAGCCAUCAACAUCACCUCCCUCGUCAAGAUGACAGCCACCGUCCCCAACACCAUCACAGUCAACUGGACCUCGGAGUACGGCAGGAACUACUCGGUGUCCGUCUACCUGGUCAAACAGCUGACGUCAGCCACGUUACUGCAGAGACUGCGGGCCAAAGGCAUUCGGAAUCCAGACCACUCGCGGGCACUGA